AUGCCUCAUCGAACUGAGAGGCAGCUAGUAGCAGAUGAUAUCCAAGACAGAUUCUUUUGUUGGAAAAAUCUAAAUCCACAAUUCCAGGGCCUUCCAUGGAACUUGGUACAUUUUUGGCACUUCAAAGGACCCAAUGAUAAUUUUAGCUACUUCCAAUUGGCUUCCCUUCUGAUUAUGAGUCAGCAGCUGCCUUUCACCAUCUGCAGGCACAAGCAAGCCCUGGUCCAGGCCCAAAUUCUGUCCCAAAUCAACUCGUAUAGUGUUGAGUCUCAUGAAAGGAGUUGUUUGGAAAAACAGAAGAGAAGGAAGGAGACUAAGGAGUUCGCAAAGCUAGCUAUGAGAGCAGUUGAUGUGCAACAAAAAGAACAGCACAAAAUGCGCCAUCGCAAGGCGGCCGGCUUGAGUGCCAUCUCACAGACACUUCUAGGCCAGCCAGGAGGAGUGCACUUAGACUAUUAUGAAGGGGAUCAUGGUGAUUAUGAUGCCUUGAGUGUCAAAGGGGCACAUCAACGCUCAGACUCUGAUACAAGCAUAAAGAGUAUUGCUGGACUAGCACCUGAGAAUGGACCUCCACCCGUUGUCCCUCAUCCUGACCUUGACAAGUUCAAGAUGGAGUACCACCCCAACAAUGGUCACGCAAAGUUUACAUUCAAGACUCACGGUGAUGUAUCAAAAGCAUGGGAUAAGGCUUCAAUGCAGAUGACUCUGUUCGAGAAGCAUGUCAUAUCUGUAGAAUAUCAGAAGGGCAAACUAGACUUUGAUAUAUAUUCACAACCACUAUGGGACUGGGCUAUGGACCUGCUCAACCAUUGGUGGAGGAUCCAAUCAUCAUUACCUAACAAGGGGGUACCAUUUGCCUUGAUCUUGUAUGCAGACAAGAUGCACUUGUCGUCAUCUGGCAAUGUCAAAGGGUAUCCGGUAAUUGCCCAGUGCGUGAACUUGCUGGUUCACAUUCAAAAUUGUGCUGGAAUAGGAGGUGGUUGCCUUGUGGGCUUGUUGCUGAUUGUAUCUGAAGACUCUGAACAAAGCAACAAGCUCUCCUAUACAAAUUUAAAGUGCAUUGUUUGGCACGAAGCAUUUUUAAAGUUUCUUGAGGUCAUCAUACUUUACUCCAAGACAGGAUUUGCCCAUCAAUGCUUCAAUGAUAUCCCACGCUGGUUGUAUGCACUAAUUCUACUAUUGUCAGCUAACUACAAAGAACAGUGUGUAAUGGCAUUAAUACAUGAGACAGGCUCCCUCUGUCCAUGUCCCAUCUGCCUGGUGCCUUCAAUGAAAAUUUGCAACCACAUGGUAACAUACCCUAUCCAAAAAGUUGAGGAUGCACAAAUUCACGUCAAACUCUAUGAGGAGAAUCACAUUGCAGGAGAAGUGGCCCUGAAGAAACAAGAAUAUCUUCUGGAGAGUGGAGAACUCAAAUCCCCAUGA